AUGGCAGACAACGGAGUGCUGCCGGUCGACAAGUUAACAAUUUCCGAAACCGUCGAAGAAGCCGAGUUCUCACAGCGUGUACUGGUUCGAUCGAUUUUGGGCCGUCCUGACGGCGGCGCUGGACUUGCUGGGCAGACCUUAAAGGUAGGCGGCUGGGUGAAGAAAGGGCGAGAACAAGGCAAAGGUCAGGUUACUCCGACUGGUACUAGCCUGCACGUGGAAGGUGUGCUUCAGAUGCCUCCUGCAGAUAAACAAGGGAAACAGUCGAUUGAACUAAAGGUUUCAAAGGUUCUAGAUGUUGGAGCUGCUGAUCCUGCGAAGUAUCCAUUGCCCAAAACGCGAUUGACACUUGAAUUUCUUAGGGAUUACGUUCAUCUCCGACCGAGAACCAAUACUAUUUCUGCUAUUGCCCGAAUUCGUAACGCACUAGCUUAUGCAACUCACACGUUCUUCCAAAAGCAUGGAUUUCUCUAUGUCCACACUCCAAUCAUCACCACUAGUGAUUGUGAAGGCGCUGGAGAGAUGUUUCAGGUCACAACUUUAAUAAACGAUUCAGAAAAACUUGAAAAGGAACUCCUUAAGAAUCCCCCUCCAUCCCAAGAAGAUGUAGAUGCAGCCAGGGCUGCUGUCAAGGAAAAAGGUGAAACAGUUGCCAAAUUGAAGUCUGAUAAAGCUGGUAGACCUGAAAUAGUAGCUGCUGUUGCUGAACUUACUAAAGCUAAAGAGACUCUUUCAAAGAUUGAAGAGAGAUUCAACCAGAAACCUGGUAUCCCAAAGAAAGAUGGGAAGGUUGACUAUAGUCAAGAUUUCUUUGCACGCCAAGCCUUCUUAACUGUUUCUGGGCAACUUCAAGUUGAGACCUUUGCUUGUGCACUUAGCAGUGUUUACACUUUUGGCCCAACUUUUCGUGCUGAACAUUCUCAUACAUCAAGACAUCUUGCAGAAUUCUGGAUGGUUGAACCCGAAAUUGCAUUUGCUGAUAUUGAGGAUGAUAUGAAGUGUGCAGAGGCAUAUGUUAGGUUUAUGUGCCAAUGGUUACUCGACAACUGUCUUGAUGACAUGGAAUUUAUAGCUGAAAAGUUUGACCAACACGCCAUUAGUCGUCUAAAAAUGGUUGCUUCUACCAAUUUUGUACGCCUUACCUACACAGAAGCAGUGACAAUUCUUGAAGAAGCUGUUUCUAAAGGCCACAAAUUUGAGAACAAAGUAGAAUGGGGAAUUGAUUUGGCAUCAGAACAUGAAAAAUACCUAACAGAGACAAAAUUCGAGUCCCCUGUGAUUGUAUACAACUACCCAAAAGGGAUCAAAGCAUUUUACAUGAAAGUUAACCCUGAUAACAAAACAGUAGCUGCCAUGGAUGUUCUUGUCCCAAAGGUUGGUGAACUAAUUGGAGGAAGUCAAAGAGAAGAGAAUUACGAGGUCAUCAAAGAAAGGAUUCUUGAAAUGGGACUUCCACUUGAGCCAUAUGAGUGGUACCUUGACUUGAGGCGCUAUGGAACUGUGAAGCAUAGUGGAUUUGGGCUAGGGUUUGAGAGGAUGAUUUUGUUUGCAACUGGAAUUGAUAAUAUCAGGGAUGUAAUCCCAUUUCCAAGGUGUAAUGAAUUUCUAGGUGGGUAUUUUGCAUAUCAGAAUUUUGUGAUGGUGGGUGGAGCAAAUCCGGUUGAAUCAGAAAUCUGGGGAAUCAGAAGAGCUUCAUUAGGUUUGAAGUUGUCGCUGAGGCGGCGAGGUGAAUAA